AUGGGUGGCCGCUCCGUAAGUUUUAAUUUGGCGGUCCUCCUCGCUGCAUGUGGUCUGUUGAUAGCCGACGAUAUCGGCGAUGCUGCUGAUGGACUGAUCAACGAUCCGCGUUGUUCGCCAUCGUUCAGCGUGAUCCUCAGCUUGGAGAGCAGCGUUGACGGCGUUACGGCGUCGCGACUUUUGGAAAACGGCAGCUUUUUCUACGAUGGCAUCGUCUAUCCGGCCGAACUGCGCUGGACUGACGGCAAUGUCACUUAUGGUUGCAUUUGCAGAUUACGCAGUUGUAUCAGGAAAUGCUGCCGAGAUGAUGAGGUUCUCCGCAAUAAAUCGAACAAUUCCGAGAUAUGCCAGAAAAUGCCUCGGAACAAUACGGAGCUGAUAACCGAGAUGCCACAUUUACGUCUAUCGAGGAAGCAAAUGACCAAGGAGAUUCAACACAUUGAAAAUCUGAAGAACCAUUUCUACUUGGUGCAGAAUAACGUCUGUCCUCCUGGUCAGAAAUAUUACACUCUCAAUCCCGAUGACGACAGUGACGAACAGAUUAUUCUCCAGGCGAAUGGCAGCUUUGUAGAUACUACUGGGAAGAUCUCUCCAUUCUGGAAUUAUUGCAUUGAUUGGAAGAUGACCGUCGAUCGAAUUGGCGUCUUGGUUUGCUAUAUGUCGGAAGAGGAAGCAAAAGAUUUUCAUUAUCAUGUGGGCAUCAUAGUGUCCAUUCCAUUCCUCAUUGCCACUUUCUUGGUGUACGCAAUUACUCCAGAGUUGAGAAACCUCUACGGCAAGACGCUCAUGUGUUAUGUCAUCUGCUUAAUUAUCGCCUAUGUCUUCCUGAUCUUGGCCAACUAUAUUUACAUGUCUCCAAUACGCGUGUUAUGCUUCAGCACAGCCCUGUUCAUCGCGUUUCACGCGGUCUUGAUCGCGGCUGUCACUUUCGAAAGCGAUCAGGUAAAGCAAGAGCCAGAGGAAUCAAAAUGGAAGGAAAAUUUUAUCGUCCCUCAUGUUUAUCUGGAGAAAACGAUUGGCAUCGAUGGUGACAGCUCCGGGAAGCCCCGCAUGUCGCUAUGCUGUCGUGUCGGUACUUUCCUCAACGGAGACAAUUGCGUGGAGGCCACCAUGAACGGGACGGAAGCGGUACAAUUGCCAGUGAUCUACGAAAUGGAUCUUAUAUUGGCGAAUGUCACUGCAAGUGACAAAUAUUUUGAUUUUAUAAUAUGGAAUCCAUGUGUUGGUAUGAAACGAUAUUCUUUGAAUCCGCGUGUAUACAAGGACGACGAAUGGUACCUACUGUCUAAUGGCUCCAUAAUACUACCUCUGUCUGAAGAACCGGAGGAACGUCUCCUCGAUUAUUAUCAGUACUGCCUAGCGCGGGUGGAAAGUUAUGAGUAUCCGGAAUAUAUGGUAUUCUUCUGCGACGAAGCGAUCGAAGACGACGACGGGAUCAUAUAUUCCUACGGGAUGCUCGCAUCCGUCCCGUUCCUGGUCAUCACAUAUGUUAUCUACUGGUUACUGCCCGAGCUGAGGAAUCUGCAUGGUCUGACAUUACGCGGAUACGUCGGCUGUCUAGCGAUGGCGUACAGCAUAUUGGGGGUGUUGCAACUGACACCACAGGAACAAAUCCCAAACGACAUCUGCAUCACAAUCGCUUUCAUCAUCCACUUCUCGUUUUUGGCAAGCUUCUUCUGGCUAAAUGUGAUGUGCUUCGACAUUUGGUGGACAUUCGGAGGAUUCCGUUCGUUACAAGGAAGCGUAAAACAACGAGAGAGAAAAAAAUUCAUUAUAUAUUCGAUUUACGCGUGGGGAAGCGCUUCUCUUCUUAGUAUCUUUUGUGCCAUCAUGGAUUUCGUUCCCAGCGUGCCAAAGGAAUUGAUUCGACCGGAAAUUGGUGUCACAAAAUGCUGGUUCAAUACGGACGAGGCGAGGGCGUUAUAUUUUUAUGGACCCAUGAGUGUCACUGUCAUCUGCAAUAUUUGUUUGUUUAUCUCUACAGCAUUAAAAAUUGUGCGUCACAAGAAGGACACAGCUCAUCAUUUGAGAGGCUCGGAAAGCAGACGCCACGAUGACAAUAAACAGUGGUUCAAUCUGUAUCUGAAAUUAUUCAUCGUGAUGGGCAUAAACUGGUCCAUGGAAAUAAUAUCAUGGCUAUUCAAGAGCGCGCCGCCAUAUAUUUGGUAUCUCACCGAUCUGACAAAUACCCUGCAAGGUCUCAUUAUCUUCAUUAUAUUCGUAUGGAAGAAGAAAAUCAAGAGGUUGCUGUUAAAGCGUUUCGGUUAUCAGGCUCGCGAUUUCUUCUCCAGAAAUUCAACACGCAGUGGCAAUCACAGUUCAGCUUCGCGUACCUGCACUACUACAUCAGGCAUAAUGUCUCUACAGGAGAAGGUCAAUCCUUAUGUGCAAACAAAUUGCCGCGCGAAAAGUUCAUCCGAUGAGGUUGAUUCUUGAAUGUUGCAAUGUAAGAGAAAGA